CUUGUCGCUUUCUGGUUGGACUGGUCCGCUAAGUCAGUGGAUCCGAUCCAACCAAAAAUUUCUAAAGGGCACAACCUUGCCAUGGCCUCUAGAUUUCAUCCAGGUUCUUCACAGCCAAAGAUGGGUUAAAGAUUAUACAAUCUCAGAGGAAUCUCCACUUUGAUGUUUAUAAAAUACUAACCUAACUUACUUUCUAAUUUCUUCCACAUCGCUCUUUCCCCUUGGCGGCAAGAAAGAAAGUUUGCAACUUUACGUCACGGACGCAGAGUUAGCAGCCAACCCAAAUCACAGAAUCGCUUUCUGCAUCCCAGAAAGCGAUUCUUUCCAUGCAACCCAUUCCUUCCAUCCUCCUUUCCUUCCAGCCACCACAUAUAAACCGCUCCCUAUUACCUCACUUGCUUCCAAUCUUUCCUUCCAAUUCCCUCUCCAAACGAACAAGCAAAGGAAGAAAAAUCUUUUCUUCUGGAACCCUUCUCCGAAAAGCUUUAUUAAAUGUCUCUUAACCCUUCAGCUCGAAGGACCUGCCGCCUCUACUGGUGCUACCAAUGCAACCGCGCCGUCCGCAUCAUCUCCUCCCCCAUCGCCGACGUCUUCUGCCCCCGCUGCUACGGCCGCUUCCUCCAUGAGAUCGACCUGCCCCGCCCCCACCUCGUCUUCGACUUCGCACCCCGCCACCAGCACCACCACCCCCUCUGCCCCCACCGCCACCACCCUUUCCACCCUCUCCUCGACCCUUUCACCCGCCGCCGCAAUUCCGAGCUCGACCGCCGCCGCCGCCUAGACCCGGAGGAGGACGACGCCGCCGACAAUCUCUUUGGUUCUUGGGUCAUCUUCCAACGUCCAACCAACAACGACCGUCUCCCCCGCCCUGCACCGCCGCCCCGUCCUCCUCCGCAACCGGAGUUCUCCGUUCCCCCGACCGUCAGCCCGAGUGAUUACUUCACCGGGCCUAAUUUAAAUGAUCUGAUCGACGAGCUGACUCAGAAUGACCGGCCGGGUCCGCCCCCGGCACUGGCAUCAUCCAUUGACGCGUUGCCGACUGUUUUCAUAACGGAGGCCCACUUGACUGAAAGCUCCCAGUGCCCGGUUUGCAAGGAGGAAUUUGAGCUCGGCGAGGAGGCCCGGGAGAUGCCAUGCAACCAUGUGUAUCAUUCGGACUGCAUCGUCCCAUGGCUCAACAUUCACAACUCCUGCCCGGUAUGCCGGUAUCGGCUGCCUGGUGGCCGGAAUGAUCGAGGGCAGCGUGGAGGCGGCGAAGGUUCGAGCAGAGGGCGUGAUCAGGACGGUGGCCCAGCCAGAUGGAAUCCCUUCGCUCUUUUGUGGCCUUUUCGGGAUUCUUCGGCCGGCUACCGGAGUCAAGGGGACGCCGGUGGUGAUCCUCUGGAUAGCCCAAGUGCCUUUUAUUCGUGGUGGCGCUCGUUGUUUCUUCUCUAGUACUUGGUAUUGUUGGCUCAGAUUGAAGGAGUUUAAUACUUGCUUUGUUGCCUGAUAUGCUUCUGAAACAAUUCAUUUGUCUUGACAACAGCAAGCCAAGGUGGAAGAACACUGAACAAAGCCAGUUGGUAUCAAUCUGAAUGUAUAGGAUUUCUGCAAGCUUGAAGACGAAGGAAAAAGCAGAUAAUUAGCAAAAGAUGGGAUAAUAGUCUUCGGCUUCAAGGAAGGACUUCAUAAAUGCUCCUUCAUUGCUUAUGUUACAAUAGUUAUUAUUUCUGUGCUUGUUGUUUCAGUGGUCGUACUAAAGGAAGCCACAAAGAUAGCAGAGAAGAAAAUCUAGCAAGAUAACAUAUUAAUUGUAAAUGAUUAUUUGUAAUUUUAAUUGUAAAGGCCAUGCUUUGUCUU